AUGCCGCCCAGUCGAUCGCAGCUCAUCGCCACGGCAAACGCCUUCAUCGCCGCCUACAACAAGUGGACCGUCCCCGACAUCCUCUCCAUCCGCAGCCCAUCCUGCAAGCACCACGUCCUGCCCGGCAAGAAUCCCCCCAGAAACAAUCAAGAAUUCGGCGAAUUCCUCGCGGGCGUGAUUCCCGUCAUCCGCAACCUUCGUAUGCAGCUCGUGGACACGACGCCGAUGGUGGUGGAUGUGGAAGUGAGGAGGGUGGUGAUGCAUUUGACUAGCACGGCGGAGACGGAUGUCGGGCCGUAUGGGAACGAGUAUUUCUUUGUGGUUACGGUGAAUGAGGAUGGUGAGAGGGUUGAUGAGAUUGUGGAGUUUCUGGAUAAGGCGUAUACGGCUGAGUUUCUGAGCAGGUUGAGCAGGGAGACGGGGCAGACGUUGGGCUGA